AUGCUUCUCCCCACGUCAUACGAAUUCGGUCCUCUGGACGAGGUCAUCCCCCCACUUUACCAUGCAAUCAUCUAUGGAUUUCCUUGCGAGGAGUCCCAGAGGGACCGCGCGCUGGAAGUUCUCCAGGGUGGCUUCUCCAGAUUGCUCAAAUCUCGGCCCUACAUGGGCGGUGAUAUUGUCCGUGACGAUAGCCCAGAUGUACGUCCAGGCUCACUGAAACUCGUUGUUCCAGACCCCCCUGCAGACUUGCAGCUCGCUGUGGUAGAUCUUUCAUCUCCUGAAAGUGGGUGGAAGCACAGCUAUGACGAAGUUCGAGAAGCAGGCAUGCCUCUGUCUUGGCUUGACCCAGCACUUGUCGCGCCGUACACCACAGGGAUUGCUUCCACGACAAAGGUGCUUAUGGGCCAAGUCAAUUGGAUUCCAGGCGGGUGUUUAUUCACCAUGUAUAUUGCGCACGCGCUUACGGAUGCAUGGGGCGGCGCUAUGGUAGUCCAAUAUUGGGCUCAAGAAUGCCGAGAAUUUCAGGGCAUCUCGACGCCCUCUCCACUGGAUGCUCUCCCAGAAUCCAAUGGUCGUCAUCCGGCACUCCAUGAGAUUCCUUCUUCUCCUGAAACCUUUGACCGUUUGAAGGGAAGACCUGAGCUCUGGAAGCUACUUGGGCUGCACUGGGAGGAGAAUCUCACUGUCGCCAAGGAUGCUGUCAGUCUGCCUACUACCAUUCCUGCAGCGGCUGUGGCCAUACCGGGAAUGCGGACAUGUAUCUUCUCUUUUACACCAGAGGCCUGCUCUCGUCUGAAAGCUGAUGCUAAGCCGUCAAGCAAAGACGGUUGGAUUUCUACUCAAGAUGCACUUGUGGCACUCAUCUGGAGAAGUGUCAUGCGUGCCCGACUCUCCGAGGCGGCAAAGCCCGGCACCGCCACGAAUGGGGUGUCUAAUGGUACCGCUUCAGCGACCCGGCAGAACUCUAUCGUCUCGGUUGCCAUUGAAGGUCGCUCCCUAUGCAAGCCAAAAGUACCAUAUUCAAUAAUCAACAACGUGGUAUACUGCUGCAUGACCGAGAUGCCAGUUACAACCAUACUGGAUCCAGAUCCCUCAAAGAACACCCUAUCAAAUCUUGCUUUAGCAGUCCGCAGCAACAUUGAAGCCUUCAAAUCAGACCCCGUCCUUGUCAACGACACCAAUCAACUGGCCGCAUCGAUUCCUGAUGUUGGAAAGUUGUCCAUCGCAUUCAAAGACUUCCUUGGCUACGAUCUGAUCACUACGAGCUGGAUUGAUGCACCGUUCUACCAAGGAGUUGACUUCGGGCCUCCUCUUGGAAAGCCGGACUUCAUGCGUCUGCCAAAGGGCCAGUUUAGCGGGAUUUGCAGUUUACAGCCAAGAAAGGCGAAUGGGGACAUUGAGGCAUUUAUUAGCCUUAAUGAAGAAGAGAUGGAGAGAUUCUUCAAGGACGAGGAGUUCAAGAAGUAUGCUGACUUUGUGUGCGUGUAA